AUGCAGCUUCUUGAUCUCCCCGCUGAUAUUAUCGACGAGAUCAUCGGCCACAGUCUUCCAUCCGGCUUUGAAGCCUUUACGCUCUGCUGCCGCGCCAUAUAUACACGCGCUGCGCCCAAAAUCGCACGACACAACUUGCUCAAACGACGAUGGAAGUGCACCACUAUUGGCGGCUCCAAAAACCAGAGCGACAUACUUCGGAUACUAUGCGAGAUAGCCUGUGAUCCUCUUGUCGGGCAAUAUAUUGAGUUGUUGAGUUUGCGUGGACAUGGAGGAGGCCCAAACGUCGAUACGAAGAAUGAUUGUUUCAAAUCUAAUGAAAGAGUUAUGGCGUCGAUGAAGAAGAUGGUCUUGGAUUUAGAGUGCUUCAAUAACGCAGGAGUUGAUGCGCAGCUCUGGUGGGAAGGCAUGCUGCGAGGGUUUGGCCUCGAAAACGAAGCUGAAAACGAAGACAGUGACUACCGAUCCUGCCAUAGGGUCGCGUACGCGACUGUAACACUCCUGAAUCAACUACCGAACUUGCAAGCGCUAGAACUGCCACCCGAAUGGUACAGUCUUAACAACAAACGUACGCCCCUUCCUGAAGCGGAAGAGAGAUUGGAAGCUGUGCUCAAAAAAAUGGUUGAAGCUUCUAACAGCAGUGGCAACCGGGACCAGCCGCUUGCAAAAUUGAGGAUCAUCCUGCCAUCCACCAGAGAGGGAUAUGACGAACGGAACCCUUUCCAGGUCUUGGAACCCUUUAUGCGCUUGAAGAGUUUAGAAGAGCUAUAUAGCACGUCCUGCUUGGCCAUUGACGACGGCUAUACUGGCAUGGCUUUCCAUUGGCGCUUGCCAGGAAUCGACUCAAACUUGCGUAGAGUGGAACUGACGUACUGUUGCAUGGACGCAGAAGGAAUCUCUGUCCUCCUAAGACACACACCUUGCCUCGAGGUCUUCAGAUACUUGCAUGAGUGCAAAUGGCACGGCUGCGGAUAUGACUGGAACCCUGGUGGUUUUGUGGAAGCCAUUGCUGAACAUUGCGGUCCAACCAUUACCGAACUCACAAUCAAGAAGGCCGAAGACUGGGGAGCCAUAGUCAACGGCGUGGUAUCUUUUCGAGCGUUUCCCCAGCUACGCAUGCUCGAGAUUGACUUGGCCUCCUUCUGUGGGCCAUCGGUAGCAAGUGGCCAAAGGCUGGGAGAAGAUGCUGUUCAGGUAGAAGAGGGGGAAAGGCCAUGGACCAUUGAAGACAUUCCAUGCUUGGGAGACAUGUUGCCGGACAGCAUCGUGGAUGUACAGAUGGACAACGACGGCUGGAUGGACAAUCCUCCGGAGCCAGAGGAGGUUGUGAAGCUGUUGCUUCAGGGUUUCACCGAGAAGCGCGUAUCGAGACUGCGAAACCUGGCACAAGUAACGUUGAGGAGUUUGGGAGACGCCAAUGUGCGAGCGCUGGCCGAAGGAAUGGGGGUACAAUUCGUGUCUUUGGAUCGAAAGGGUGGGCUCAACAAUUGGCCGUGCUCCUCGACGGUGCAGGAAUAUUCUGAUCUGUUCAAGGCCGCUGCCAAAGCAUCCAACGAUGCAGAUACCAGACCCAAGCCUGUUGCAAUCAGACAUGGACGGAGCACUGUAUGGGUAUAUCCAGAAUCGUAA